GCCCCGCUGAGCGCUCAACCCCCGCACCCCACGGAACCCCCCGGGACCCCCGCAAACCCUCCUUGAACCCCCUGGAGCCACCAUGCAGGACAGCGUUGACCCCCACUGUGCCCUGGGUCCUACCGUGGCCAAGGUGGAGCUGGAGGAGAUGCAGGCACCGGGAUGUGCCAGCUCAGUGUGGCCGGUGGUCCCCAAGGUGGAGGUGACCCCUGAAGGUGAUGGGGACAAUCUGGAAGACCCGGAGCUCCACGGCUCAGGGCACUGGCUGGUGCGGAAGGUGAAGGUGGAGGAGGAGGAUGAGGACGAGGCCUGGGCAGCCGGAACUGAGGCCCCCUGGCUCCGCAGCCGCUUCCUGGCGCCGUCCCCCCCAUCCUGCUGGGACACCCGGAAUCGCCGGUGCCUGCAAAGCGGAGGAACCGUGCCCGGAGGAGCUGGGAUACGGAGUGCUGCCAACCUGGGGGCUGGGGCAGCGCCUGGAUGGCACCGGGAUCGGGAUCGGCUUCAGCACCGGGAUCGGGAUCGGCCCUGGGAUCGGCAUGGGCCUCGGGAUGGGCCCCGUCCCCGUGGGGCACGAGCGCUGCCCCCAGCUCACCCCGCGGCCCUUCUCCUGCUCGCAGUGCGGGAAGGCCUUCGGGAAGAAGGCGCACCUGACGCGGCACCUGCGGGUGCACACGGGCGAGCGCCCCUUCCCCUGCCCCCACUGCGGGCGCCGCUUCCGCCAGCGCAUCCACCUGCGCUCCCACCUGCGGACGCACACCGGGGAGCGGCCCUACCCCUGCCCGCGCUGCGCCCGCCGCUUCCGCAAGAAAACACACCUGGACCGGCACCUGCGCACCCACACCGGGGAGCGGCCGCACCCCUGCCCGCGCUGCGCCCGCCGCUUCGCCCACCGCCAGCACCUCCUGCGCCACCUGCGCCUGCACGGCGAGCCUGCCCAGGGGCACCGCGACGGGCACGGGGAGGUGCCCCCCGAGGAGAAGCUGCUGCCCUGCCCGGGCUGCGAGAUGAGCCUCACCUGGAAGCAGAGCCCGGCGUCGCACCCGCGGCUGCACGCGGGGCUGGCACCGGUGCCGGGGGAUGGGAAUGGACACCUGGAUGGACACCCGGAUGGGGGCGGGGACAGGGAUGUCCCUGCCGAGGAGAAGCCUCUCCCUUGCUCCCAGUGCGGGAUGAGCCUCAGCUGGAAGCAGAGCCCGGCACCACACCCGUGGCAGCACCUGGAGAACCGACCCCUGGGCUGUGCCGAGUGCGGCCACGGCUGCGCUCAGGACCCCCAGCACCCACUGCAGGCACCCAGUGCCCGGGACCCCCAGCACCUGCCACAGGUGCCCAGUGCCAAGUGUGGCCGUGGCCGCACCCAGGACCCCCAGCACCCGCCGCAGGCGCCCAGUGCCCAGGACCUCCAGCACCUCUCACAGUCCCCACAGGUGCCCGGUGUCCAGGACCCCCAGCGCCUGCCAGAGGUGCCCCCCAGCCAGAGCCCCUUCACCCAGAACCCCCAGCACCUGCUGCAGGUGCCCAGCACUGAGCACCCCUUCACCCAGGACCCCCAGCACAUGCCCCAGGUGUCCCCUGCCCAGUGCCCAUUCGCCCAGGACCCCCAGCCCGCCCCACAGGCACCCCCUGCCCAGCGCCCCUUCUCCUGCCCACAGUGCGGGCGCGGUUUCGGGCGCAAGGCUCACCUGGCGCGGCACCUGCUGGUGCACACGGGCACCCGCCCCCACGCCUGUGCCCGCUGCGGGCGCCGCUUCAGCUCCAAGACCAACCUGGGCCGGCACGAGGCCGUGCACACCGGGCUGCGGCCCCACCGCUGCACCCGCUGCGGCCGCGGCUUCACCCGCAAGACUCACCUGGAGCGCCACGAACGCACCCACGGCCGCACUGGCCCCGGCCCCUUCCGCUGCGGCCAGUGCGGGAAGGGCUUCCGGCAGAAGCAGAGCCUGGUGACGCACGAGCGGAUCCACACCGGGGAGAAGCCGUUCCGGUGCGGGGACUGCGGGAAGAGCUUCAGCCAGCGGCCCAACCUGCUCACGCACCGGCGGGUGCACACAGGCGAGCGGCCCUUCCCCUGCGCCCAGUGCGGCAAGAGCUUCUCGCAGAAGGCCAACCUGCUGGCCCACCAGCGCAUCCACGGCGCCCACCCCGACGAGGGCAAGGCGCGGGCGCGGCCGGCGCGGGGCUGCGCCGAGGACACGCCCUUCGUGUGCCCCGAGUGCGGGAAGAGCUUCCGGCAGAAGCCCAACCUGAUCACGCACCGGCGCAUCCACACGGGCGAGCGGCCCUUCUCCUGCUUCCUGUGCGGCCGCAGCUUCAACCAGAAAACCAACCUGGUGACGCACUACCGGGUGCACACAGGUGAGCGGCCCUUCGCCUGCGCCCAGUGCGGCAAGCGCUUCACCCAGAAAACCAACCUGGUCACGCACCAGAGCACCCACACCGACCUGCGCCCCUUCCCCUGCGCCCAGUGUCACAAGUGCUUCAAGGACAAGGUGUCCCUCAAGGCCCACCAGAAGACGCACGUCCCCCGCCAGCGCCGCUGCCUCGCGCGCGGCCCGGCCCCCGCCGCGCCCUUUGGGGCUGCGCCCGCCCUGCUGCCCCCCACACCCACCCCACAGGACACCCCCUUCGCCCCUCUCCCGCCCGCCCCAAAGCCCCCUGAGGGCACCGAGCUGUUCCCCUGUGAAGAGAAGGGCUUUCCCCCCCCGCCCCCAGGCGAGCCUCCCUUCCCCUGCACCCACUGUGCUGAUGGCUUCUGCCCCAAGGUGCCCCUGCUGCGGCCCCCUGAGGUGCCCCCAAACUUCUCCCCCGGCCCCCCCCUCCUGGGGCCCCAGGGGGCGCAGCCAGGGCUGGGGGACGCCACAGCCCCCCCAGAGAAGCCCUUCAUCUGCAACCAGUGCGGGAACAGCUUUGGGCUCUGGCUCGCCCUCGUUGCCCACCAGAAGAGCCACGCGGGGCACAAGCCGUGCCCCGGGGCCCCCCCCGAGCCCAGCCCCGGUGCGGAGCUGCCCCCUGGGUCCCCCCCGGCACGGGCAGGCGAGGCUCGGCCCUGGCCGUGCCCCGAGUGCGGGCGCAGCCUGGCGCAGUGUGAGCGGCUGCUGCGGCACGGGCACGGCGCCGGCGGGCGCGGCCCCUUCCGCUGCGACACCUGCGGGAAGCGCUUUAGCCUCAAAACCAACCUGGCCACACACCAGCGCAUCCACACAGGUGAGCGGCCCUUCACCUGCGGCGUCUGCGGCCGCCGCUUCAACCAGAAGGGCAACCUGGUGACGCACUACCGAGUGCACACGGGCGAGCGGCCCUUCGCCUGCACCCAGUGCGGGAAGCGCUUCGCGCAGAAGCCCAACCUGCUGGCCCACCAGAAGACCCACCUGGGCCGCCAGCCCUUCACCUGCCUCGAGUGCCCCAAGCGCUUCAAGAGCAAACUGUCUCUGCGGGUGCACCAGCGGGUGCACGCGGGGCCCCCCGGCACCGCCCCCGGCAGCGCAGACCCCGCCGGGGCCCCCUUCCCCUGCGGGCCCUGCGGGGAGGCCUGCGGCGAGCACGGGGGGCUGCCGGUGAACCCGCGCGGGCGGCCGCACUCCUGCCCCGAGCAGCGUCGCCCCUGCGCCGAGCACCAUCACCCCUGCACGGAGCAGCACCGCGCCUGUGCCGAGCAGCUGCACACCUGUGCCAAGUGCCCCUGCGCCAAGCGGCUGCACCCCUGCCUCGAGCAGCCCCGCCCCUGCGGCGAGCAGCCCCACGCCUGCGAGCGGCCCCACGCCUGCGAGCGGCCCCACACUUGUGAGCGGCCCCACACCUGUGCCGAGCAGCCCCACGCCUGCGAGCGGCCCCACACCUGCGCCGAGCAGCUGCACCCCUGUGCCGAGUGUCCCCACGCCUGCGCCGAGCGGCCCCACGCCUGCACCAAGCAGCCUCACGGCUGUGCCGAGCACCCUCGCGCCUGCGUGGAGCAGCCCCACGCGUGCGGCGAGUGCCCCCACACCUGUGCCGAGCGGCCCCACCCCUGUGAGCAGCCGCUGCCCUGCGCCGAGCAGCCCCAGCCGUGCCCCGAGUGCCCCCACGGCUGCGCCGAGCGGCCGCACACGUGUGCCGAGUGCGGGAAGCGGUUCCGGCAGAAGGUGAACCUGGCCGUGCACCUGCGCACGCACACGGGGGAGCGCCCGUUCCGCUGCGCCGACUGCGGCAAGGGCUUCAGCCAGAAGGCUCAUCUGCUGCGGCACCGCCGCACCCACGGCGCCGGCCUCGUGCCCGCCUGCUCCGCCGGGGACCCCCUGGGCAAGGGCCUGGAGCCCCCGGCCCUGCUGCUGCCCCCCUGCUCCCGCGGGGCCCCCCCGGCCCGGCCCGACAGCCCCUCGGGUGCCGCCGACAUCCUCCUGCAGCUGAUGCAGGACGAGCACCCCCCGGGCCCCGGAGCCCCCCCGGUGCCCCUGUGCAAGUGCCCGGGGGAGGGUCCGGGCCCCAGGGCACCGGGGCUGCCCCCCCCUUGCUGCUGUGCCGCCUGCCUGGCCCCCCGCCCUCCCGAGCCACCCCGGGGGCAGCUGUGGGCCAAGGCUGGGGGCUGCACGCGGGCCUUUGAGGAGAAGCAAGUGCCGGGAGUGCCAGGAGCGGCGGGAGCGCCGGAGCAGGAGCGUGUCGAGGAGAAACCAGCCCCGUGUCCCAGCUGUCUGUAACCCCCUGAGACCUGCACAGGGAUGUGCACCACGAUGCACACCGGGGCCCCUGCCAGGACCCCCACCCCUGCCAGGACCCCCACCCCUGCCCCCUCACUGGGACCCUCACUGGAACCUUCCCUGGCUGCCUGUGACCCACAGCAGGACCUGCACUGGGACCUGCCCUG